CAGUUUUGGAUUUUGGCAUCAAUGUACUCUCUUCUGUUUUCGGAUUUGCAUACAAGACGGUUACUAGUCUUGAACUGCAUCACAAUUCGCAGCAAAUUAUGGUUAAUCAGUAGCAUAACGGUAGCCAUCGGGAAUAAGUCGUUGGUCGAGAAUGUGGUAGGCGCAGUUCCAGGAAGAAGAAUUGUAUGGAGUUUGGUGUUGUUGGCGAAGCCGGGAAGAUAACUUUCUGGUCAGCACCCAACAGUGUUUGUAGUGUUUGUAGCACAGGAAAACCGGCAAACGUCCUGCGGGUUUCACUGUAUGGCUGGGUUGUUCUGUGCAGAGGUUUCUCACACUUCAUUCUUCGCUACCCAUCAUCCAGAAGCUUUGUAUGAAUUCUUGGAAGAAAAACCGUGAAACACGAUGAGUAAGACUGAGAAAGUUAGUCCUAUUAAAAACUUCUUUGCUGGAGGAGUUGGAGGGAUAGGUCUUGUAUUGGCAGGUCAUCCUAUGGAUACUGUUAAAGUCAGACUGCAGACUCAGCCCAAAAUGAUUCCAGGAAAAUCUUCACUUUAUACUGGCACCUUGGACUGUUUCAUGAAGACCAUUACGAAAGAGGGCUUUCCAGGGUUGUACAAGGGCAUGGGUGCCCCUCUUGUUGCCAUUACUCCCAUGACAUCCUUGCUGUUUUUUGGUUUUGGCUUGGGGAAGAAGCUGCAGCAGAAACACCCAGAUGACCCAUUAAACUAUCCUCAGUUGUUUGCGGCAGGUAUGUUGGCUGGAGUCUUCAGCACCGUAGUCCUAGCCCCAGUAGAAAGGAUCAAAUGUCUGCUGCAGGUACAGGCAAGCAAUAAUGUCAUAAAAUACACAGGACCAGUGGACUGUGCCAUUCAGCUUUACAGAGAACUGGGCAUUCGUGGGGUCUAUAAGGGCAUCAUCCUCACACUUAUGAGAGAUGUCCCUGCAACAGGUGCUUACUUCAUGUCUUAUGAGUGGAUGAAAGACUGCUUGACACCACAGGGGAAAAGUGUUAAUGAACUGAGUGUUCCACGAAUAUUGUUCGCAGGUGGGAUGGCAGGGGUUUUUAAUUGGAUAGUUGCCACUCCUGCAGAUGUACUGAAAUCUCGGUUCCAGACAGCCCCAGAAGGAAAGUAUAAAGGAUUCAUGGAUGUGCUGCGGGAGAUGGUCAGAGAGGAAGGUGUUAGAUCCCUGUACAAAGGAUUUAGUGCUGUUAUGCUGCGUGCAUUCCCUGCCAAUGCUGCUUGUUUCCUUGGCUUUGAAGUGGCCAUGAAGGUAUUGAACUGGCUAGUCCCGAAUGCCUAAGGAAGAAUUGUGCCAUUUCAUUGUGAACUGACACUAUAUCCAGUGGUGUCAAGUUGGGCAAGAAUCCUGCUGAAAAGACUCUGCGCAUGUCAUUAUAGACAGAACACUCAAAAAUGUAGCUUUGUAAAAUGUCACUGAAGUUUGUCACUGUCACUGCAGAAGACUGAUGCACUAGCUGUGUCUAGAAAAUUUGACGUCAGAUGCAGCACUCCAGUUUCUGUUUUAAAGAGACAGAAAAAAAUGUUUGCGCUGCAUUUUUGUACAAUGUUGUACCACUUUGGCAGCUUAAUAAAUGGGAACAGACAUGCAUAAUUAGUGCAGAAAAGGUUGAUAUUACAUUCUUUUUUCUCAAUAACAUUUU